AUGUUGAUAAAGUUAAAGCGCCCGGGCGCCCUCCAGCAUGCGCCCCGCGCGAACCCCGCGCCGCUCCUCCCCGCGGGCUGCGGGGAGGAUGGGGACAGCCAGCCCUUCAAGCUCUCAGACUCUGGUGACCCGGACAAGGAAAGCCCUGGCUGUAAAAGAAGACGAACCCGCACGAAUUUCACUGGCUGGCAACUAGAAGAGCUAGAAAAAGCCUUUAAUGAAAGUCAUUACCCGGACGUGUUUAUGAGAGAGGCGCUGGCGCUGAGGCUGGACCUGGUGGAGUCUAGAGUGCAGGUUUGGUUCCAAAAUCGCCGGGCCAAAUGGAGAAAGAAAGAAAACACCAAGAAGGGCCCGGGCCGGCCGGCCCACAACUCGCACCCCACCACGUGCAGCGGGGAGCCGAUGGACCCGGAGGAGAUCGCCCGCAAGGAGCUGGAGAAGAUGGAGAAGAAGAAGCGCAAGCACGAGAAGAAGCUGCUCUGGAGCCAGGGCCGAGACCGAGCUUAUAGGAAAAAUAAUUAG